AUGGAUUCAGCGAAGAGUUGGUUCCAAAAAUUCCAACCGCGAGAUCGGCUUAGGUCAUCCACGAGGAGGAAGGACUCAAUGGGCAGCGGACGUGAAGAACCUGAGGAAGAGCUAUCGGCCGAGGAAGCUUCGAACCUCACGAAGCAGAGGGUUGCUGCCGCAAAGCAGUACAUCGAGAAUCAUUACAAGGAGCAGAUGAGGAAUCUUCAGGAAAGGAGAGAGAGGCGAAGUUUGCUUGAGAGGAAGCUAGCCGAUGCUGAUGUGUCUGAGGAAGACCAAAAUAACCUGUUAAAGUUUUUAGAGAAGAAGGAAACUGAAUAUAUGCGCCUUCAGAGGCACAAAAUGGGAGCUGAUGAUUUCGAGUUACUGACAAUGAUUGGGAAGGGUGCUUUUGGAGAGGUUAGAGUUUGUAGAGAAAGGACAACAGGUUCCGUGUAUGCAAUGAAAAAGCUUAAGAAAUCAGAAAUGCUUCGUCGAGGCCAGGUUGAACAUGUGAAGGCUGAGAGGAAUCUCCUUGCGGAGGUUGAUAGUAAUUGCAUUGUCAAAUUAUAUUGCUCCUUUCAAGAUGAUGAGUAUUUGUAUCUUGUCAUGGAAUAUCUUCCGGGUGGGGAUGUAAUGACUUUAUUAAUGAGGAAAGACACAUUGACAGAAUAUGAGGCCCGAUUCUACAUAGCCGAGACAGUUCUGGCUAUUGAAUCUAUCCAUAAGCAUAACUACAUACAUAGAGACAUUAAACCUGACAACUUGCUGCUUGAUAGACAUGGUCAUUUACGAUUAUCGGAUUUUGGCCUGUGCAAGCCUCUAGACUGUAGUACAAUACAAGAAGACUUUUCAGUCGGAGAUAACCAUAGUGAAUCUUCAAGAAGUGAGGAUGGCUCGGUUCCCAAACGUACACAGCAAGAGCAACUACAGCACUGGCAGAAAAAUAGGAGAACACUCGCUUAUUCAACUGUUGGUACACCUGAUUAUAUUGCUCCAGAAGUUCUUCUGAAGAAGGGUUACGGAAUGGAAUGUGAUUGGUGGUCCCUUGGUGCUAUCAUGUUUGAGAUGCUUGUUGGAUAUCCACCCUUCUAUUCUGAUGAUCCUAUGUCAACAUGUAGGAAGAUUGUGAACUGGAGAACACACUUGAAGUUUCCCGAGGAGGCUAAACUUUCUUUGGAAGCAAAAGAUCUGAUUAGCAAACUACUCUGUAGUGUCCAUCAGAGGCUUGGUUCGAAAGGGGCAAAUGAAAUAAAGGCCCAUCCCUGGUUUGAUGGGAUUGACUGGGAAAACAUAUACCAUAUAGAAGCUGCAUUUAUUCCGGAGGUUAACGAUGAGUUGGACACCCAAAAUUUCGAGAAAUUCGAAGAGUCUGAAAACCACAAUCAAACUUCAUCGAGAUCGGGUCCAUGGAGAAAGAUGCUUUCAUCCAAAGACAUUAACUUUGUCGGCUACACAUACAAGAACUUUGAAAUUGUGAAUGACUACCAAGUUCCUGGAAUGGCUGAGCUAAAGAAGAAAAACACCAAGUCAAAGAGGCCGACAAUCAAAGCACUUUUUGAGGACGAGUCAGAAACAUCUGAGACGGCGGAUCAAUAA